GGCAGAGAGGGAGAGGCGCUCACUCAGUGGUAGCAGGUUUGUGAGACCAGCAGCCAGAAGAGCAGGAAGAAAGAAGGAGGAGGGAGAGGAUUCAGAGCGAGACAAACAGUGUGGCUGCAGUCAGGAGACACAAACGGAGAGAGAGGAGGAGAUACGGAGAGAAGCGAAGGUUUCCCCUCCUCACCUCACUGACCCAUGAAAGAAGCCAUGCCGGUUCUCACAGCAGGAGCGGGGCUACAUGAAACGUUGGCCCUGCUGACCUCUCAGCUGCGGCCAGAUGCCAACCACAAAGAGGACAUGGUGUUCCUCAAAGAUGUCUUCAGUGAGAGGAGUUUGGGAUACCUGAUGAAGAUUCACGAGAAGCUGAGACAGUAUGAGAGACAGAGCCCAACACCUGUCCUCCACAGUGCUUCCUCUCUGGCAGAGGAUGUGGCAGAGGAGCUACAGAGUGGUUCGAUGAGCACAGAGGAGAAGGAGCUGCUGAAUUUGCUACUUUCCCCUCAUCUUAAGGCUGUUCUGUCAGUGCAUGACACUGUAGCUCAGAAGAACUUUGACCCUGUUCUGCCACCGCUGCCGGACGACUUUGAGGACGAUCUGGAAGAGGAAUCUGUAAAGAUUGUCAGGCUGGUAAAGAACAAAGAACCUCUGGGAGCCACCAUCAGGCGUGACGAAGCCACUGGAGCAGUGAUAGUGGCUCGGAUAAUGAGGGGAGGUGCAGCUGAUCGAAGUGGUUUGGUGCAUGUAGGAGAUGAGCUGAGGGAGGUGAACGGGGUCUCUGUGAUCCACAAGAGGCCUGAUGAAAUCAGUCAGUUGUUGUCCCAGUCCCAGGGCUCCAUCACUCUAAAGAUAAUCCCCGCUAUUAAAGAGGAGGACCGGCUGAAGGAGAGCAAGGUGUAUAUGAGAGCCUUGUUUGACUACAUCCCCUUGGAAGACAAGGCCACACCCUGCCAGGAGGCGGGACUUCCCUUUAAACGAGGAGACAUCAUUCAGGUUGUGACGCAGGAUGACCCCACUUGGUGGCAGGCCAAGCGUGUGGGAGACAGCAACCUGCGUGCUGGACUCAUCCCAUCCAAACAGUUUCAGGAGAGGCGACUGGCCUACAGGAUGAAAAUGGGCACACUCCCGAAUCCAAAAUCCCCUAAAAAGUCUCUCUAUGAUCCAGGAUGUGAUAAAGAGGACUGUGACUGUGAGGGCUAUUUCAAUGGACAGUACAUAGUCUCUCCUAAGUGUAAAGCAGUGGCGCCCUCCUGUGGCCAGGUGUUUUCCUGGGAAUUUUAUUCAGCUGGUUUGCGGAGGAGUUUCCGCCUGAGUCGUAAAGACAGGCAGGGAUCAUCAGGAGAGGGUUCUGAUCCUGGAGAACCAGAGUUCCUGACCUAUGAGGAGGUGACCCGCUAUCAGCAGAGGCCAAAUGAAAGGCCCCGCUUGGUGGUUCUGAUUGGUUCUCUUGGAGCAAGAAUUAAUGAACUCAAACAGAGGGUGAUUGCUGAAAACCCACAUCGUUAUGCAGUAGCUGUACCGCAUACAACCAGACCCAAGAAGCCGCAUGAGAAGGAUGGUGUAGAGUACCACUUUGUCACCAAACAGCAGUUUGAUGCAGAUGUUUUGAACAACAAGUUCAUAGAGCACGGUGAAUACAAGGAGAACCAAUACGGCACCAGUAUCGAGGCUAUCCGCUCUGUGCAGGCCAAGAAUAAGAUGUGUAUAGUAGAUGUGCAGCCUGAGGCUCUAAAGAGGCUACGGACAUCGGAGUUCAAGCCUUAUGUGAUAUUCGUCAAGCCUCGUGUUCCUGAGAGCAGACGUCGUCGCAGUGCAGCCACCUCCCCAGGAGGGGGCGAGCAUGGCCGCAUUACAGAUGAAGACCUCCAGGAGAUGCGUCAGUCUGCCAUUCAGAUUGAUCAGCAGUAUGGACACCUAGUGGACCGUGUCCUGAUCAAGGAGGACUCGGCCAGUGCUUGUGCAGAACUGCGAGGUAUUUUGGAGAGGCUGGAGAGAGAGUCCUUCUGGGUGCCUCUCAGCUGGGUGCGGACCUAAGCUUACCAACGCCCUCCACAAAUCGUUCCAGAAGAACUUCACAGUCUGUUCACCAAACCCUGCACUGGUCCUCUCCAGAGAGCUGAUAUUCUUCUCUUCUCUAAAGGCCUGCUGGCCAGCCUUGGAGUCUGCUGAACUUCCUCUACAUAGUCCUCUGAAUGCUACAGGGCUGGUCAGUCAGCCAAAAAUCGUGGCACCAAAGGGAGAGAAUGAUGUCAGAGGAAUACCUCAGUUUUAAAGCAGGUUGGUUAAUUAGCCCAAAAGUCACAGUCUUACUUCCUCAAACAAUCACUACUUUGUCUUGUCAUAUUUAUUCAGGUUUUGAUUUCAAUUUAUUUAGUUCAAAGACAAGUAUGGAAAUUGUAGUUUUAAAUGUUUGGUACUGCUCUCUUUUUUUUUUUUAAA